ACAGAACAUUGAUUAAUGGGAUUGCUGGACUAUGGUGCGCAAGGCCAAGGCAAUUGCCGUGUACAUGGAUCAGAGGUGGCAUGCAUUUCAAAGGACACCAUCGCGCUGUGGCAAUAUGAUGCUGGAUCAUGGUGUCAGUCAAAGAGCUUGAGAUGUCCUGACAGUGAACCAGUCCUGGCAUUCGUGGGUGAAUUGGUGGCAGUGACUGAUGGCAAAGGAGCUUCACUCAUCAGUCUAGAUGAUGGUGAGGUCAUUUCACGUUUGCACCACGACAGCGUUUGCACUUUGGGAACAAUGACGACAAAGGACGAGAAAGAGGUGCUGUGCACUGGUAGCUUUCACGGCACGGUGCAUGUUUGGUUGGACUGGACGAAUCCCAUCCUUUUUCCUUCGCAAGGAGCCAGGCAAGUCAAUGUUUUGCUUGGAGUCUCUCCUGGAAGGCUUUUUGUAGGCUGUACCAAUGGGGGUUACUUAUGGGAUUUGGAGUGUGCAGAGUGUCUCGUGUCAUUUGGAACACCGGAUUUAGACCCUUAUGGUGAUUGUGGAGAUUGGUUCUCCGCAGCUGAUGCGCUGCAAGCAGGCUUUUGUGUAGGAGGACGGAAAGGAAUUCUGAGCAUUUGGAGCUUCGAUGGUCAAGCGUUGGCCAUGAAUCAUACUGCGCACCGUGGGCAAUGGAUCCAAGCAAUACGCUCAGCAGGCGUAGGCAAGUUUUGCUCGGCCUCACAGGACACGAUCUUUCUUUGGUCUUGGUCGAAUGCCAACGAACGUCUCGAGAAGAAUGCCAUCUUGUGGGGUCAUACAGCUAUCAUCUCUCACUUAGCCUUUUUAUUCCAGAGGCGACUCUAGUUUCCACAGCGCAGAACGGAGAGGUCAUUUGGUGGGAUUUGUGCAGCUUGAUGGAAACAGGCUUUUGUCAGUGUCAGGGUGUGCCGGCGGGCCUGGCAGUGGUGAAGGGUGAAGCAGUAUGUUUCUUGUUGGAUGGCCGUCUUGCUGAGCAUCAUGAAGGAAUCCCUUGGUCUGAUCUUGUGCCAGGAAUCCCUACCAGGAUGCCAGGACAAUUGGCCGUUUUGCGUUUUGCAUGUUCCUUGAGAGCAGAAGGCCGUGCUGGUGGUCACAACAGUCUGAAAAGCGAUAAGCGUUUUGAAAAGCUUCUCAUACAUGUCGCAAGUAAAUUGAAGUUGCCGUUGCAGAUUGAAGAUGUAUUUCAGAUGGGUUCGUCUUCUCGUUCGACCUAUGUGGCUGCUCCCCACAUGAUUCAUGCACCAGCAGACAUUGAUAUCGGCAUUCGCUUGGAACCUGGUAAAAUAGAGCCUGAGAGUCUUUAUUCCAUGUUGCUGGUAGAAACUCAAAGGGUGAUAAUUCCAGUCCUCUCCCGCGGAUAUGUCACCAUUGAUCAAUGCUUGAGCGGCCACUCCCUUCAGAAGCAUUCUAUUCUGGGCCCAUCGAUUUGCGAUCGAUGUGACACAGAGAUGGAUCCUGGAGAAGAAACCUAUCGCUGUAGCAGGUGCGAUUAUGAUGUUUGUACCUCCUGCAUGAAGACCCUACCAGCAGCAAUGGACUGGACUGUCAAUUGGGAUUGCCAACUUGCACGCUUCGGUGUGAAGGUCACCCGGCACCUCUCCAGAGCAGUUAGUUGUUCGAUUGAUUUGGUGCCAUUUCAGCGUGUGGGCGAAGGAGACUUCCCACAGCUUGCACUCUUCGACCGGCAGACUUUGCAAUGGGUACCCAAUAAUCCGCCCCUCUUCACUCACCAAUUCAAUCUCUGUAAUGAGGAAAAUGCUUUUUUGGGUUUGGUUGCGACUUUGAUGAAAUAUUGGAACUACAUCCAAAGCCUGGAUGAGUAUGGAAAGCCACCUUUAAAGGGCAUGCAUAUUGAGUGCCUGCUAUUGGCUGGAUGUCCAAAGACAGACAAUUUUUCAGAAGCUGUGGCAACUGGAUUUGAGUACUGUGCCGAGCAUGUUUUGGACUCUGAUGUGCAACCACCAGGUGGGAGUCUCCACAUAGGACCGUCAUACAUUGAAGCAGGCCGACGGCAAUAUGUUCAGCGGCUGCUGCGUUCUGCAGCCAGCUUAGCAAGGUUCGCAUGCAAGUCUGAAGAUGCAUAUGCAGAAGCGUCCACAGCAUGGAACAAUCAAUCAGUGGGUGCGUGGAGUCAUUUGUUGUGCGAGUCGCGCUGGCAGGAUGAUGAGCAUGCAUAUUUCUCAAGCAACCCAUUUCUAGAAUGGUCCAGUGAGCCGGGCUUUGACAUUUUCCAUCAGCCACAUCCGGCAGCUCCAGUCGCAGAUGAAACCACGCCAUGAUCGCUAAAAUGAGCUGGGCCUGACACAUCUUGCCUUUGAGGCCUUAAUGUUCAUGUUAUUUCAG